AUGUUAGGAGACGGACUUAUUAGUCAACUGGUUACAAAUCCUUUAGGGGUGGCUGAAGGAAUGGGAGUGCAGCUUAGUAAUCUGGGAAUCAAAAAAACCGAUGUUGAGAAGAAAAUGCUGUUGGGAAGCACGAAC